AUGGGGCGCAAGAACACAAUUUUCUUGGUACUGAUUGUUGCUUUGAUCACAAAUGAGGCCAUGGCAGAACAACAUGUAGUUGGUGGAAAACAAGGUUGGGAUGCAUCCACAGACUUCAAUUCUUGGGUUUCAGGCCAAACAUUUAAGGUUGGCGAUCAACUUGUUUUCAAGUACUCUUCUGGGUUGCAUAGUGUGGUUGAACUUGGUGGUGAGAGUGAGUACAAGAAUUGUGAUCUUGGGAAUACAGUGAACUCAAUGAACAGUGGCAAUGAUGUGGUGAAGCUGAACAAGCCUGGUACACGUUAUUUUGCAUGUGGGACAUUAGGUCAUUGUGGUCAAGGUAUGAAGUUGAAGAUCACAACAGUGUCUGGAACAUCUUCCCCUGCAUCAUCAUCAUCAUCAUCAUCUUCUUCUUCACCCACUUCAUCUUCAGUCUCACAAUGCUUCAGCUCCCUUGUGUUCAUUGUUGCUUUGUUGAUUGUCUCGCUCCUUAACCAGUUUUGA